AUGGGUCUUUUUUUUUUCCCUCUUUUCUUGAAGGUGGAAAUCAAGCGGACAAUACCAAGGGGAGCUGGUGGGUCUAAGGAUUUCAAGACUAAGAAGAUUUUUGUGGGUGGAAUUCCUACAACAGUAAAUGAAGAUGAGUUUAGAGACUUCUUUUCUCAGUUUGGAGAAGUGAAGGAACAUCAGAUUAUGCGAGACCAUGCAACUAGUCGUUCGCGUGGCUUUGGAUUUAUUACCUUCGAAACGGAGCAAGCAGUUGAUGAUCUCUUGGUCAAAGGGAACAAACUGGAGAUGGCUGGAUCCCAG